AUGGAAUAAUCGAAAUAAAUAUAGGAAAAUGAUGAACAUUAAAAUAUAGUGCAAUAACCAUAGACUCAUCUAAUUGAAUUAGAUGUAGAAGAUCCUCAUUAAGUACCAGUAAAGAGACCAGCGCCAAAAACAUUUGGGGAUUUAACAAUCAUAUUUAUAUUUGAGACAAUCGGAACUGGAUUAUUUGCAUAUGGAAUAGUAGCAUCAAAUGGAUCAGAUAUAUUGAUUGCUGCUUAUUUAUAUGCUGCAAUAUUUUUAACUUGUAAAUUUACAGGUGGUCAUGUUAAUCCAGCUGUAUCAUUUAGUUUUUAUUGUGAUGACACAAUAAGUUCAUGGACAUUAAGAAUAUAUUGGACAGCCUAAUUAUUAGGUGCAGUUGGAGGUGCAUGGAUAGCUUAUCUAAUACUUGGAGUGGUAACAUCUCCAAGUAUAAAAAGCACAAAUAUUGAAUGGAUGUUAGCAGAUUUAUGUGGAGAAGUAUGACCAACCUUAUUUUAGGCUUUUGGAACCUUUAUGUUUGUUCUUUUUAUACAUAUUUAAGUUCAUGAAUAAACGCGUUAGACUAAUAAUGAUAUUGCAGGAAUUGCUUGGAUUGCCUUAGCUUUAUUCUUUUCUAGAUAAUUAUCAUCACAUUCAGGAGGUAUUAUAUUCAUCCUCUAUUUCAGGUUGUUUAAAUCCAGCUAUGGGGGUAGGAUUAGAAUUAUUUGAAGCCUUCUGGUUAAAUGACACAACCAAAUUAGCCAAUUUUUGGGUAUUCUUAUUUGCUCCUUUAUUUGGAGCUUAUAUGGCUUCCAUUUUUUACAAUUCCAUUUAUUUGCCUUUAUUAAAAAAAUGAGACAUAUAUAUAAAUUUAA